UGUUCUCAUUUUUGCGUUUUUUUGCAGCAGAAGAACGCACCCACACGGCUUUAAAUUUCUUUGUAAAUCAACACAAAACGCGUUAGAAAUGUCAAGUGCCUCGAACCUGGUAGCCAUGAAAAAGGUGGUACGACAGCUCCGUUUUGAGGCGAGCGUAAACAGAGUUAAGGUUUCCCAGGCGGCUGUAGACCUUCAGCAGUUUUGCUUGCAGAAUGCCUUGCAGGACCCUCUGCUCACCGGUGUGUCCUCCAGCACCAACCCCUUCAGGCCAAAGAGGGUCUGCAUUUUCUUGUGAAACAAUAUAUAUUGAUGCUACAGGGAGCUGCUGAUGUCAGCACUGUUCUACGCCAAGCCAUUUCACUGCCAUGGGAUCUGUCAGAUGUAAAAAACAAAAAAACAAAACAAUGGAGUCAUGUCCGGGAUAAAAAAGGUGUUAUUGUUACCAAUAGUAGCUAAUAGAAUAGCUUACCUUUUUUAUGGCAUUGUGGGAUUUUUAAAAUAAAUUAUUGUACCUUUUCUAUUACUCUUGUCUUAGGCAUGAUAUUUCUGGGUGUUUUGUAUUUAAUAAAACCUUUUUGAAAUCUUUA